UGCCCGCACUCGAGGGAAAGCGGGAAGGGGGGAGCGGCGAGGGGCACGGAGCGAGAGCCACUCUUUUGCCUGCAGCCUCGCUCAGGCUCAGCAGGUACAGCUGCGGGGGAGAGAGCUUCUCCGCGCCGGCCGCACCGCCGCUCUUUGCCGGCUAACAGUGGCUUGGCUUCGCAGGAUGGCCCCGCAGAGCGACCGCUCGCCGGGCGAAGGGCAGCCCUAUUUCGGCGGCGCCGAGGACGCCCCUUCCGCGGCCGGCGGCGGCUCCGCGGGCAGCCGGGGCGACUCGCCGGCCCGCAACGCCUUGGCCCCGCGGGAAGCGGCGGCCCGCAGGAAGGGGAAGGCGCGGCGGGGCCGCGGCAAGGCGCGGGGCGAGGGGCUGCUCAGCAAGCAGAAGAGGAGCCGGCGCAUGAAGGCCAACGACCGGGAGAGGAACCGCAUGCACCACCUCAACUCCGCCCUGGACGCGCUCCGUAGCGUCCUGCCCACCUUCCCCGACGACGCCAAGCUCACCAAGAUCGAGACGCUCCGCUUCGCCCACAACUACAUCUGGGCGCUCACCCAGAGUCUCCGCUUGGCCGAGCAGGGCCUGCCCGAGCCCACCCCGCCGCCGCCCCCCGUCGCCGCCGCAUCCCCCGGGUCCUGGGACUCGCCCUGCCCCGCCGCCCCACCGCCUGCCGCCCUGCGCCGCGGCCCCAGCGCCUUCCCCGCCUUCCUCUGAGCCCGUCGCCCGGCUGCUUUCCACUCCUUUUUGGCCUUCAGAUAGCCGGUGGAGCGGAGGGGGAGCUCCCCGCGCUGCGCCCCGGGGGGAGGUGGGCGCCCCGCUCUCCCCCGCCCCAUCCCGCUUGGCUGCAGUGCAGCGGGAGCGGGCGGGGAAAAACAAAUCACGGUUUUGUACUUGGAAACGGUAAAUUAUAUUAAUUUGUCGCUAUCGCUAUUUAUUGAUUAUAUUUCGUAACAAAUAUAUAUUUUGUAUAUAAGAGUAUUUUUGGCAGCGGUGGUCCGGCUGUUUGUACCGGGGAGGAGAGCCG